AAAAAGAGCAGGACAGACCGACAGCCGUUGGUCUCGCUUUGGGGUGGACCGCUACACGCGCACGAGACGCGGCAGAGCAGCGGCAGAGAAAGACUCAGCGGAGAACGGAUUCCUCUUUGUGUACUGUACACCAUAAUAAUUAUUAGUAUUAAAAUUGUCGUUUGGCGGGUUCGUUGUUAAUAACCGUUUAGCGGGAGAGUAGAGGAGAACUGUGCCGCUGUAACUAGUGUCGCUAUGGCCGCUCUAUCAGGAAGUGAGAUGUGCGUCAAAUACCUGAUGUUCGCGUUCAACCUCAUUUUCUGGCUUGCAGGUACAGGAGUGCUGGCUAUAGGGUUGUGGUUGAGGUUUGACCCAAAGACCAGAGGGCUGUUUGAAGGAGCAGAAUCUCCCCAUAUCUUCUUCACAGGUGUGUAUAUCCUCAUAAUUGCAGGGUCAUUAAUGAUGGUUGUUGGGUUCCUGGGAUGCUGUGGAGCGAUUCAGGAGUCACCGUGUAUGCUGGGGCUGUUCUUCUUCUUUCUCCUCAUCAUAUUCGCCAUCGAGGUCGCCGCUGGAAUCUGGGGGUUCUCCAACCAAAGCAAGGUGGUUGAUGACAUCACUCAGUUCUACUUGGAGACAUAUCAGAACUACCAGAACACUUCACAGGACACACUGAGAGAGACACUCCGUCUCAUACAGACUGGGUUGGACUGCUGCGGACCAACAGGUUCCUUUGUGGACUUAGAUACCUGUCCCCCAAGAGAUGGGCUGGAUAGCCUCAUCAUCAAGAGCUGUCCUGAUGCUAUAGAUGAAGGGUUUGACUCCAAGCUGCACAUCAUAGGAGGAGUGGGCAUCGCUAUUGGAGUCAUCAUGGUGUUUGGGAUGAUCUUUAGCAUGCUGCUCUGCUGUGCCAUCAGGAAGUCACGGGAGAUCGUCUGAUGAUGUUAUCAUUACCAUGACGAUGCCUUUUAAUGUUGCAUGAUGUCAUUCCUAGUUACAUGACUUUUGUUUACUUGUUGAGAAAGGUCGGCCUGAGAGCUAGCAGCUGCCAACCCACUGCCAACGAGUACUUUAGAUCCCCUAACCUCUGUAACAAGGAUCUGCUACACCUGGUGAUCGAGGGGAUCAGCCUGAGGACGGUGCUGCGCAGAAUCACCCUGUAUCCUAAACAUCUACUCAUGAAGUGAUCUAGGUUAGCAAAUCUGUGCAGUGCCUUUCUCAGGCUGAUCCUCUUUAACAUGGAAUCUGUCCAGUGCUCAGGUCGACACUCCUAAACCAUCAUGGUGAUGUCACUGUUCACUGAUUGGCCCUGUGAGAAACUAGUUCAGGAAGUGAAAUAAACAUAACACAUUUGUGAUUUAUGAUGAAUUAAGAGAUCUAUGAAUAGUAGUCUAGAGGUGUCAUAAAAAAAAAAUUGUAAUAUGAACAGACUUUCAAUUACCACAACUGCUCAAUGAUUUAAAUUAAACUAUUGAUGAAAUAAUGGCAUGACAUGUAAGCAAAAUAUAUUCUAUUAAUGAUUGUAAUAAUAUUGUACUGUGAUCACAUUUCUACCAAAAUAACAUCUGAAGGACCAGGGGCGGCCCUAAGACAACUCCCUAUAGCAAAGCGACUCAAACUAUACCGUUCCUUAGCCAGAGCCAAUUAAAUCAUCACAUUGUGACAAGUUCCCAAUGAUAUUGCAGGCUGUGGUCUGUGGUGAGCUUAUUUCUCCCGUUCUUUGAAAUAGAGGGGCAGCUUGGUCGCUCCAGUAGAGUACAAGAACCCCUCUUUCUCUUGAUCUCUCUCUCUCCCUCUCACACUCUCUCUCCUUCUUACCUUCUCGCUCUACCAAAUUUGAAAACGCCUUGAAGUCUCUGACUCUUUUUAUAAAGUUGAUUUUUAUUUGUGACCAAGUUUUUGGUGAGUUGUAGUCAGUUUUACAUUAUAUUUAGAUCUAUGUUAGAUUACAGUGACUUUUAUAACAUCUAUGCCAUUUCACACUGGUCUGGUUGGUUGAUGCACCAAAACAAAUGAGCCAAAUAAACUGUAACCUCUGAUCCUAA